GCAAAUUUUGCUCCCCAUUCGUUUACUGGCGCUCGCACGGUUUAGUUUGUACUCAGUGCUGUGUCCGAAUAAAUUGUCGAUUGACAUACAAACAAACAAACAUAGAAACACAUAUAGGUGCAUUUGAAAUGGAGCUCACGCACAAAGAACGCACGGAAAUGAAGAAGCACAUGAGCAAAGUGCUCAGCGGCAAGGAGAAGCCCUUCGAUGGCCUGCGCGCACGUACCAUUGUGCUGCUCACACAUAGAGUGGACGGCGCACAAGUCUUUCUGAAAAUGACGCAAAGCCAGCCUCUCCGUAUGAAUCGCUUCACCGCUUGGAAAUACUGCAAUCUAAUGCACACGGCCUUGCGUCAUGGCACACCGCAAAUACUCGAAAUGAUGCAACAGCCGCCACAACAACAACUACUAGAAGAAUUAAGUAAUUAUUGGGCCUAUCACACGGAUGCCAUAUGCGGCUGUAUACUCAAGUAUUUGGAAUUGUUGUUGCACAAAAUUGAGUUCCAUAAAAACUAUGCGUUCUUCACGGGCGCUCUGGAGGCGGACAUCACCAAGGAGUGGGAUGUAGAUGUGUGCUUCCAAUUAUGCACCGAUAUCUUUGAUUAUAUGGACCAACUGCUAAUGCUGCAACAUACCAUUUUCGCGAGCUUGACCUUGCAACAGCUCGCUGUGGCCACGCCCGAAACAAUGUGCCGUCUGCAACCGCUUAUCAAUAUCGCCGCCGAGUGCAGCAUACUGUAUGAUCAGGCAUCGAAUGCAAUGGCCACCGUUUGUGGCAAGUUGCCGCCCAUCGAUGUAAUGGGUUUAUGCAAUCGCUUCUAUGCGCUUUAUCAGCGCUUACGUGGCUUCUACAGCUCGCUACAGCAGGUGAAGAUCAUACUCAAAAUGGAAUAUGUGCCGGAGCUAUCGACGACUGUGCCGGAUUUCUUGGCGUACAGCAAUAGUAGUGCAUGUGGCAGGCAACCGACGGCGCCGCCCGUGUGGCAAGUGUAAUUUGUGGUGUGAAGCGAUGGUGUUGGCGAAUUUUUAGGGGGGCCGCGGGUAGGAGAGAGUGGUUGGAGUAGACAAUUUGAUUGUAAUUGUUGUUUGUACAUACAGUUAUGCAUUUGUAUUAUAAUUGCACUAUUUAUACUAGAUUAGAUAAGAUAUUUAAGUUUAUAUAUGUGCUACAAGUGUCUAUAUGAGUACACAGAAAGUUAAUUAAAACGAUUUUAUUUUUAUCAAAUUUGUUGUGAAAUA